GUUUCCCGAGGACGAACAGCUCCUUCAACUUGAGCAACUCGAGAGGCCUCUCACUCCCAACGACAAGUUGGAAUUGGAGGACAAGGGCCGGCCAGACUUCUCUGGCGAGUGGAAAAUGGUGGAGGCUCAAGGAGACUGGGAUACUUUCCUGAAGGAGAUGGGUGUCGGGUACUUGAUGCGAACCACCGCCAGCACCUUCAAGUAUGGCGCUGGUGUCACUAAGCAGAUCGUCGACCACAAAGGCGACGAGCUCAAGGACCAUCCUGAUCAACGGCCAAGAGCAAGAUUCCGUGGAUCCAAUGGAAGGCCGGGCCAUGAAAGUGGUGCCCAACUGGAACGGCCAAGCCUUACAGGUUUGUGGCAAGUGGGCUGACACGCUGAAAGCGUUGCCCAUCAACCGCCGCUUCUUCCAAGGCUCCAGAAUGAUUGUGGAGUCCACUACAGCUGGUGGUUUGAGAGUGUGCCGUGUCUUUGAACGCGAAGCGAAGCUCAAUUAGCCUCGACAAAUGGAUUUGGUGGCUCUUUACGGCCUUUUGGGCUGUCAACAUCUUUUCUUUAUCAACUUUGUUUGGACAGUAAUGAGAUGAAGAGCGAAUC